GCCCUCGCCGUCGCACCACCACACCAAACACCACGCCGGCGCAGAUCUGCUCCCCUCCCGCCUCGCCGCACCGGCAUGGCAUUGCAGCUGCCCCGCGCGGCCGUCCUGCUCCUCCUCCUGGCCGCGCCGCUGCUCUGCGCCGCGCAGGGCCCCAUCUCGCAGCCGCCCUCGCCCGCCGCGUCCCCGCUCCUCCACCCCGACUCCACCGCCGCCGCCGCCGACGCAUGGGGCGCCAAGUCCGCCUCCCCUUCCACAGCACCCGCAGCCCACUCCCCCGCUCUGGCCCCUGCCGGCGACGAAGACAAGGCCGCGUCCCCGCCCGCGCCCGCGCCUAUCGAGACCGCCCCCGCGGAAGCCCCCGCGCCGGCUUCCUCAUCCUCGUCCCCGCACUCCACCGCCGCCGCCACCCCCGCACCCGCCCCUGCCCCGUACGACGGCGGCGACUACGACGACGCCCCCAAGGCCCCCGCGCCCGCCCCGGCCACGAUGCAGGUCAAGUCCGCCACGGGCACCGGCGCCAGCGACGUCGACCAGCACCCGCAGGCGGUUGACGCCGCGGCGAACGAGCGGCGCGCCGAGGGGAUGAGCGGCGGGAAGAAGGCGGGCGUCGUGGUGGGCGUGUUCUCGGCCGUGGCCGUGGUGGGCCUCUUCGUGGUGGUGUACCGCAAGCGGCAGGCCAACAUCCGGCGGUCCAGGUACGCCGACUACUCCGCGCGCCUCGAGCUCGUCUGAUGGCGGUCACAGGAGAUGCCGUCGAUCUGGAUAUACCGCAAACCAUACAGUAGGAGCUGAUGAUGCCUCGGCCAGCUGAGAUCGGAGAUACUGCAAUUGUUCCGUGAUUGCUCGCCGUGGCCGCGUUCUUUUGAUCCGUGUUGAUUAGAAUGAAUUCUUAGGGGUGCCGAUUCGUUGAUUAGUGGGAGGAGAGUGAGAGCAAUAAUCGUGGGUGGAUGAUGUACUGGUGGUGCUCCAUUGAGGUGGAGGAGAUUAUACAUACAUUUUUCUUCUCUAUUUUGUACUGAACUGCAUUGCAUUUUGACCAUUCUUCGGUACGAUA